GCUUUCAGUUUCCGGUAUAUGGCGGAAGUUUAGUUCCUGUGUUUGAGGCAGGAGUUUGUUAACUGUUUGUUGGCACCACUAAAGAUAAUAUUUGAAUCGUGUCUUUAGGUUUGUUUUUAAGAUGUCAGAUACAUGGAGCGACAUCCAGGCACAUAAAAAGAAGCUGGACUCUCUGAGAGAGAGGCUGCAGAGGAGGAGGAAAGAUCCAACACAGCUGGGCAUCGAGGUUGGUGGUGGUGAUGGGGCACCCACGCGCAGUGACAGUCCAGGGCCAACCCUCCAAACCCCGACAGAGAUGGAGGAGGAGCGUCCCCCUGACCCUGAAUUAGAGAGAAGACUUCUGGAAUACCUGUCCGAAUUGAGCCUCACACUCCCCACUGACUCUCUGGCAAUCACCAACCAGCUCAACUCUUCAGAAUCACCAGUAUCGCAUGCCUGUAUCCAGAGUCUUCUUCUGAAAUUUUCAGCUCAGGAACUGAUCGAAGUCCGACAGCCAACCAACAACACCUCGUCUUUGUCCUCUUCUUCGUCCACCUUAGUUGUCUCUGUCGAUCAUACCAAACUGUGGGCAAUGAUUAGUAGUUCCACACCACAACCUCAGAAAGCUGGUGUGAAAAGAAAAGGAGAUGAUAUUAUUCACCAAAAGAGAGCUCCUGGCUCCUCCCCUUUGCUUCAGCCAUCUUCUUCGCCGUCCAAGACGUCAUCCAUUUCUUCUGCUUCCAGUUCACAGCUGGCAGGGACUUCUGAUUGGAAGUCGGGAUCUGGAGGAGUUGGGGCUGAGAAAAAGGGCAGAAUCAAUAAGGGAAAGACGUCUCACUUGGAUAUGGAGAUAGAGAGUUUAUUGAGUCAGCAGUCAACCAAGGAGCAACAAAGCAAAAAGGUGAGCAGGGAAAUCCUUGAGUUGCUGAACACCAGCUCAGCCAGGGAGCAGUCCAUUGUAGAAAAGUUUCGUUCACGGGGUCGAGCACAGGUGCAGGAAUUCUGCGAUCACGGGACUAAGGAGGAGUGCAUGCGAUAUGGAGACACACCACAACCCUGCAACAAGCUGCACUUUAGGCGGAUCAUCAACAAGCACACAGACGAGAGUCUUGGAGACUGCUCCUUCCUAAACACCUGCUUCCACAUGGACACCUGCAAAUAUGUGCACUACGAGAUUGACAGCCCACCUGAAGCUGAGAGUGGCUCCAUGGGACCUCAGCCCGGCACCACUGAGCUCACUCUGCAUGCUGGAGACGGAGACAGCAAUGUGGGGACACUGUUUCCAGCUCAGUGGAUUUGUUGUGAUAUCCGCUACCUGGAUGUGUCCAUUCUGGGGAAGUUUGCAGUGGUAAUGGCUGACCCUCCGUGGGACAUUCACAUGGAACUUCCAUAUGGAACUCUGACAGAUGAUGAGAUGAGGAAACUUAACAUACCUAUUCUGCAGGAUGAUGGCUUCCUCUUCCUCUGGGUGACUGGAAGAGCAAUGGAGCUUGGAAGAGAGUGUCUAAGCCUCUGGGGGUAUGAGCGUGUUGAUGAGAUCAUUUGGGUGAAGACCAAUCAGCUCCAGCGUAUUAUUCGGACAGGACGGACUGGACACUGGCUGAACCACGGCAAAGAGCACUGCUUGGUCGGCGUGAAAGGAAACCCUCAAGGAUUUAACAGAGGCCUGGACUGUGAUGUGAUUGUUGCAGAGGUGCGCUCUACCAGUCACAAACCAGAUGAGAUCUAUGGAAUGAUUGAGCGGUUGUCUCCUGGCACUAGGAAGAUUGAACUGUUCGGGAGGCCCCAUAAUGUCCAACCAAACUGGGUAACGUUGGGGAAUCAGUUGGAUGGAAUUCAUUUGUUGGACCCUGAUGUAGUAGCCCGUUUUAAAAAGCGCUAUCCAGAUGGAGUCAUUUCCAAACCCAAAAACAUGUGAAGUCAUAACCAGCUCAAAGUGGCUGCUACAUGUUUGGUUUUCUCAAAGACUUUCAGGGUUAUAGGAUCAUUUAAAGGCGGGACACCUUUUGUAUUGUCAUUUUUAAUAAAAGAUCCAGGUGAAUUAA